AUGCCACCAAAACCUGUAUGUAUUGUUCAGGAGAGUCCAGCCAAUGCUUUGGCUCUUAACAAAGACAAUACUCAAGUUGUUAUUGCUGGACGAAAUGUUUUCAAAAUAUUCUCAGUAUUGGACGAUAAAUUUGAAGAAGUAUAUAAUUUAAGAGUUGGUAAAAAUUUAAACUUAAAUUUUUCCUGCAAUGAUGUUACGUGGAAUCUAAAUGAUGAUCACUUGAUAGCAACAGCAGCAACAAAUGGCGCGGUAGUAUUAUGGAAUUUAAACAAAGUAACGCGGUCCAAACAAGAACACGUAUUUACUGACCACAAAAGAACAGUAAAUAAAGUAAGUUUCCAUACAACAGAGCCAAUGUGGCUGAUAUCUGGUUCCCAGGAUGGUACGAUGAAGUGUUUUGACCUACGUAUCAAAGAAGCCGCCAAGACUUUCUACAGCAACACGGAGUCUGUGAGAGACGUCGAGUUUUCCCCGCACCAGCAGUACACAUUCGCAGCGGUGUCAGAGAACGGACAUGUCCAGCAGUGGGAUAUGAGGCGUCCAGAUAGGUAUUUCCAGCACUUCACAGCUCACAGCGGGCCUAUUUUUGCAUGUGAUUGGCACCCGGAGAACCAGUGGCUGUCCACUGCGUCGCGAGACAAGACAAUUAAAAUCUGGGACCUUACUCAAAAGCCGACCUGCGAGUACACUAUUCACACAAUUGCUUCCGUAGGUAGAGUAAAGUGGAGACCACAGAGGAAAUAUCAUAUAGCGAGCUGCGCGCUGGUUGUCGACAGCAGUAUAAAUGUAUGGGACAUUCGCAGACCUUAUAUACCAUUCGCGAGCUUUAAUGAGCACAAAGACGUCACUACUGGUAUUGCCUGGCGAGGUGAUCCCCACUCAUUUAUAUCAACCAGUCGUGAUUGCACGUUGUAUCAUCACGCCUUCCAAGAAGCUAGUCGUCCGGCAAAUCAAGCAAAUCCUCAGGGCCUUGAUAUAAAUCCUUACUGCGAGGUUGGUUUUGCGAAUAAAGUCAAUACUAAUAAUAAUAAUAAUAAUAAUACCAAUGCAACUGCAACAGUUAAACAUGUGACUACUCCAAUGAGAAAGUCUCAAACAAACAGUGACUCUUUUUGUUCAGCGAUGAGCACUGUCCAAAGAUUUACUCUAGACACUACUAAAGAGCCUAUUUGGUUUGUAUACUGCGCCAAAAAAUAUAUGUUAAACGGAAGACUGAGUGAUAUUUGCGAUCACAAUUCCAAAGUUGCUGCCGACGGUGGGCGUAUUGAUAUUUGCUACGUUUGGAAAAUUAUUAAGUCUUUUUACGCAGACCCAUUGGAAAGUAUUCCUAAAAAUAUUCCUGAUAAAGAUGAAAUUUUAAAUUUAUCUCAAAUGACUCUUAAGGUCACUGGUGUGGAACCGAGUAACGCCCAUGAAAACGAAGUUAAGUCAUUGCAGGGAGACGGCUUAGGUGGAGUCAGUGGAGGAGAUGAUGAGACUGAGACUGAUGAGAUGCCAGAAAAUUUAAAUCCACUUGGAAAUAUUUCUACGGGAUAUAAAAAGUCUUUAAAUGGAUUCAAACGCAAGCCAAAAAGUGAUUUUAUUUUCGGAGAAUUUGAGUUUGAAUCGCUGUCAAUGGAGUACAAUGCGGAGGACUACAUUGAUAAUACAAUCAAUGACAGUGACUGGUCAUUGCCAAAGGAAGCAUUUCCUUUGAGACACGAGAUACAGGACAGAUCACCACCGCCUGAACAGUUCUCCAAUCCUGCGGACAUAAAUGAUGACUCGGGUUCGGUAACUGUUGAAGAUCAACCUUGUCAUCUUAUUGUCAACUCUGUUCCCAAGCCAAAACUUUUUGAUCACACGCCGCUCGUUGAAGCAGCCCUGAUGCACCAUGUAUCGAUACGUGAUGUCCAGACAUCUGUUUCUAUUUUAAUGGCCCUGGGAAGCCUUAGAAAAAGUCUCAAUAUUUCAACGGCUAUUCAAGAGAGCUGGUUACUUGAGUACAUAGACCUGUUAGGCAGAUUUAAACUCUACGAUGUUGCUACUCAGAUUAUUCAAAAUGCUUGGAUACCAUCAAUAUCACAAUUAAAUCAACAAUCAACAAUAAUUCAUGCCAGUUGUACGACUUGUGGGAAAGCUUUUCCACCGACCACGUGGUUCUGCGAUCAAUGCAAUAAAUCUAAAUUAUCUUUGUGUUCAAUUUGUCAUCAGGUGGUUAGAGGAUUGUACACCUGGUGUCAAGGAUGUACUCAUGGCGGACAUAUAAAACACAUGAAAGAUUGGUUUCAAAAUAAUAGACAAUGUCCGACUGGUUGCGGUCAUAUGUGUGAAUAUAUUUGA